AUGACUGAGGUGAGCUUGGUUCGUUUGAACGGGGCUACCCUUGAUUUUCUCUUUUUAGGUCAACCUCUUUUAUCACAUCGGGGUGGUUUCCUGUGGAGCCCUCCUUUGCGCAGCAAUAGCAACUGGAGCAUGGAAAAUAAAAAAGAACUUGUACAAUCAUCUCUUCUUGAUUUACUCAAAAUACAUUCAAUAGAAACAAUGGAUUUAAUGAUCGAUGAAAUAGUUCUUAAUUACAUCAUUGGUAUCAUUGAGGAUCUUGAUACUGAAGGUUCUACUGAUGAAGCUGAGGUGGAGCAGUUUCUUGAAAUGAUGGAGGCAUAUAUUCCUGGUUUUGAUAAAAUAAAGGGCCCUGAGGUUAUUAAAUGGAUGUUCCAAUUAUCUCAUGAUAUGUCUGAUCAAAAAAGCUGCAAUUCAAAGAAUAUAGUUUCUGAUGGUUGUAUAUCAGAUUCUCCUUGUCUGUCUAUUCCAAUAACAAAUCCUAUCCAAGGUUCUAAACAGAAUCAAAAACCAGCUUCAAGAAAAAUCGACCAAUAUACAUCUAGUUCUUCUUCUCCAAAUGAAGAAGAUCCUGUACUUGAUGAAAAGGUACGCAAGCUUUUGGAGAUGUUCCCAGCUUCUUGUCAACUUGAAGCCUUUCACUGCCUAAGUUUGGCGGGGGGUGACAUGGAUGAAGCAACUCAGCUCAUUUUGGACCGUCAAGAAUCUGGGGAAAGUAUUGUUCCAAGUGCUGAAAAGAGACUUUUACAUUUUCAAGCUCCUGUUCAAGAUGACAAGAAAGUCAGAGAUCAAAUGUUGCAGAAAUAUGCUUAUAUUGAUGAAGAAGAAGAUAAAAAAGUUUACCGACCAACAGCACCAAAAAGUGUGCCAAAAAAACUGGUACGCUAUUUAGAUAACAAAGUGCUCUGGCACUUACAAUACUUUCACUUUAUCUACCCCCAUCCCCCAUUUCUUUUAUUCAUCACAGUAAGUGAAUUAUGGAUUGUUAUGUGUUUUAUGUCAUUUUUCAUCUUUCUUUUUCUUUAA